AUGACACCGUGUAUCACCUAAGCCACCUGUUCACACAGAUAACCAGCGACGUAAUUGAGUGUUAUAAUUGUCAUCGCCUGAUCUUAAAUGAACAAUGGACGACGAAACUGAGGAACACAAAAGUAACAGCGACAAAUGUCCACUUCUUCACAAAGAGAACACUUUCGAUCAGUACAGUUAUACAAGUCUGGGAUCUGUACAAGACGACAGUGGCAAUGAGGAUGGCUCUGAUUCGGAGGGGCCGGGACAUGGGCGUGGUUCUGCCACCAAGGAAACCGUCAGACUCUACAACAGAAGGUUCUAUAUCCUCACCCUCUUCUCUCUCAUAGCAAUCGUACAGGGGCUAGUCUGGAACACGUGGAGUCCUAUAUCCCAGUCUGCCAAACGUGUCUUCCACUGGUCGGAUGGGGAUGUAGCUUUGUUGGCAGACUGGGGGCCUAUUACAUACGUCAUCUCUAUGGUCUUCUUCUCUUGGCUUUUAGACACCAAAGGCUUGAAAGUGUCGUGUUUAGUCUGCAGUUUUCUUCUUGCUGGAGGAACGGGUAUAAGGUGUAUCACGGAGGAACAACCAUGGGCAAACUGGUUAAUGCACAGCGGUCAGAUUUUGAAUGGGUUUGCGGGCCCUAUUGCCAUGGCGGGAUGUACCGUUAUCUCGGCAGUCUGGUUCCCGCCAAACCAGCGAACCACGGCCACCAGUAUUGGAGCAAUGUGUAACGUGUUUGGAGUGGCGGUGUCAUUCCUCAUAGGCCCCCUUUUGGUUCCACAGCAUCGACUUGAUUGCAAUAUGACACAGCUUCUCGAUUACAAUGAAAGUCAAACUAUGCUGCACAGCUCCUCACAGUCCGGUAACUACAGUGAUCCGGGAUGUGGCAACGUUACGGCCAUGAAAGAAUUACUCGGACAAGAGCGUUUAGACGUUAUGAAGUUGCUGUACAUAGAAUUUGGCAUAGCUGGUUCAGUUUUUCUGGCAACACUUCUGUAUUUCCCGGCUAAACCUCCACACCCUCCCAGUAUAACAGCCACCGUGGACAGGGCGGACUUUAAAGCAGGAGUAAUGUCACUGCUCAAGAAUCGUCAUUUUUGGCUGAUUUCUCUGGUAUAUGGCUUGUCUAUAGGGAUUGAGAAUACCUGGAUGUCCGUCCUGGAUAUCAACUUUAAUAAGCUGGGAGUGUCACAAGACCAAGCCGGCUGGAUGGGUUUUUAUGCCACUGUAGCCGGUACUAUAGGCGCCAUGGUCGUUGCUAGGUUCGCGGACACCUUUGCCAAACACAUGAAGGUGUAUCUCUUAGUGCUGUAUGCACUGUCUUCUGGUGCCUUUAUCUGGAUUGCUUUGAUGUUCAUCCAAGUAGCACCGUUCCAAACAGAGUACCUGUACAUAGCCGUGGUUCUUGGAGGGUUAUGUCUGAACUCCGCUGUACCGUUACUGUAUGAGUUGUCUUGUGAGAUCACUUUCCCAGUGUCUGAAGGAGUGACAAGUGGCGCCCUCACUCUUUACUUCAACAUCUCGGCUCUGGUCUUCCUCUCUGUCAUGAUGAUACCUAAUAUAGGGGAUAGCUGGACAACUUGGAGUGUCCCCGGAACAAUCUUUGUUUGCAUACCGAUGUUGCUUAUUGUCAAAGAGAAGUACAACCGUUUGAAUAUGGACAUUGAAGUGGAAUCGCCUAAAGAAAAUGCAAGAAGACCAGAUGAGACGUAAACACAACUGACACAAAACUGAAGAUGUUCACAAGAGAAGAUAACUUUGGCAAAGUCUCAAAGAGUAACGAAACAGUUAGAUUAUCUCCCUUGAUAUAGUUGGCAAUGUUAUACAGCAAGUCUCUUGAAACAGCAUCGGUGCAGAGCUGUCAAGCCAGAAAUACCAAAGAAGUAAGAAAUCCAAACAACCGGAGUCCACCGGGGCUGCAAACCCCGGUUCGAAUCCAGGGAAAAUGCCUGGAAGGGGUUUAGGGAAGUCCUCGGGAGGAAAUGGUUUUGGGUAUUUUAAACGGUAUGUUAGAUACUUUUGCUGGCAAGUUAGCACAUAUUUUGCCGUUGUAUGAAAUGAAAACAUCAUGGGCCUACAGUAAUAUUAUGAAACUUUUUUUGUGUGAAAAAACGCGAGAUUCAAUACAUUUACUGUGAGAACGCGAUUUUGAAAAAAAAAAACCCAACAAAACAUAAGAGUUAACAGGCAUGUGGAUGGUCUCGAAACAUCUUCAAUAUACUAGGUACUUGUGCAUUAACUAGAUGUCUUUCCAUUCAUUUCAAUGCAUUUAAAUAAAUAUUUUUCAGUUUUCACUUUGAAGUGGUCCAACUGCUAUUAUGUUACUUGACUAAAUGUUAUAUUCAUCAUGCUUGUACUUGAAUAGCAGCAUGCUCCAUACGGAACGGUGGAAAUGUUACAUAUACAAUCAGUA